GCAUUUGUUGCUAUUCCUUUCUGCGUUAGAUUUUAGUGUCCAAAACGUCUGACUCUCAGUCAGAGAAGCUAUCAAAUUGCUUAACUUUUCUUGUAUCACGUAAAGGCAGUGUAUCAUAUUACACUUUGGCGGAAGGUUCUGUACAAGAAGGAGAGCGCUUUGGUGUAGUUCCAGCAUGCAAGGAGGUUGAAAGAGGGAACCUCCUUGGUUCCAGUGCUCAGUGAUGCGGAACGCUUUUCUAAGAGUUUAAAAGAGGUGAAGUCGACCAAAAAUGACGCUGAGCUAUGACGGUUUGCUUUACAUGAGCGCAAGUUUUGCGUUUUUCAUGUUCGUUUACAAGUACGUCGUCUCAGCCGCCCUCCGAGGGUGUUCGAAGGCGUACGAGUCGCUACCGCGUGAGAAGAGAGUAGGCGUGGAUACCAGCCUGAUGGCCCUCCUCCACAGCACGCUGGUUGGCUCCAUGGCGCUCUACCUCUUCCUGUUCUCUGACGUCAUCACGCCAACCGUCAUCAGGCAGGAAGUACCACUACUUAAGUUGGCUGUUUGUAUCCUGGUGGGGUACAUAAUGGCAGACACGUCAGUUCUUGUCUGUAACCCGACCGCGGACGUCUACGAUUGGUCCAUGUUCGUUCAUCACGUGAUCUGCCUCUACACCGGAUACGCUGCCGCCGUAUCAGCUGAGUUGCCGUACUACCAACUACAGUGGACUCUAAUGGAGCUUUUCAACCCCUUUAACAACCUCAGGUUUAUCUUAAAGGAACUUGGUCAGAAAACAUCCACCCUCUACCUGAUGAAUGGAAUCGCCCUGGUGGGAAUGUUCUUCUUGGCACGAGUCGCGCCCAUCCCGUUCUUCUGGUAUCACCUGACUUCUAUCAUCCAAUCAGAGGACUUCUCUGGGGUGACCUUCAGUAUGAAGGUCGUGGCGUUGGUUCUAUCUCCCACGAUGCAUCUCCUGAACCUGUUCUGGUUCUACAAGAUAUUUACUGGGUUGCUCAAAUACCUCUCCACAAAGGCAGAGAAGAAAGUUUGAUAAGGGGCACUGUGGCAUUAACUUAAUUCUAGGGGAUUUGGUCAGUUUCUUGAGACUUCAACUGAACAUAAAUUUCAUGUUUCAAAUUUCUUGCAAAGGUUGUGUAAAGGAGAGCCCCAAAUGUGAUGAAAUAGCAUAUCCUAUCAUAACAUAUACCGCUAAAUUAAACAAAUAGAGCCAGUCUUCACCAAAGAGGUGUUUUAUUGUGUACAAAACUCCAGUUUCCCUUCUAAAUUCGAAUACUACCAUGGAGGGGACAUUCAGUUGGGGCUGUGAGGGGGACACUUGGCUACUGGUCUGUUUUCUCUUAUAAAUCAGAAGCAGGGAAAUCAGCUAUAGUUUAUCUGCAAGCUUUGAGUUGUACCAUCAAAACGGAAGUACAGAAAUAAGGAUGACACAUUGCCUUUGUAUCGUGAUAACUACUUGUAACUAAAGGUAAUUGUGAUACAGUACAAAAAGUAUAGUUCUAGGGUUUGUGCUUCAAGAAGACACACGGAUGAUGCCCUGAAAAUAAGUUGGGUAUACAGUAACUACUAGUAAGGGGUAAAAUCGCGUGUUCUCGUGUAAUAACAAAACUGUAUACACCUUACUUGAUAAUCAACCGUAUCAUGAUGCUGUGCACUUUUCUACCUUUGACAAGUUAGAGGGACUGACCUAAAAGCUUAUUCAGCACUUCAUAUACUUCCUUUUUACCUCAUCCAAGGACGUUAUAUAAUAUACGUCCUUGCCCCAUCUUAUGAAACAAUCAAUGAGUCUGUCAAUGUGGUCUUUAAGCCACAUUGCUGAGGCUAUAGGCAAACCUCAGUUCUGUAUUCCUUACUCUAAUGGUCUCAAGAAGAAUGUUCAGUUUAUAUGUACUCAA